CUGGCAGACACACACACAAUCACAACACAAGCAUAUGCGGUCAGAGGACAGAAAACCGUCAAAGCAGAGCCACGAUUCGGGUCGUCCGAAAUUAGCCCGCUAAAAUCAGAUGCCCCCAAACCGCAGAAGCUUUACUGAUGGACGUUCAUCGCUAACCUGCAGCCGCAUCUGCUCGACUCCUCAGCGGUAUCUUUUGGCUCUGAUGUUACUAGCUGAACAGUGACCACUGCCUGCCCAAGGUCACCUGCUGCCCAAUUCCCCUCAUCAUGUCCGGGAUCCAUGUGCCAUGGUCGUCUGGCACAGAGUGUGUUGCCAAGUAUAAUUUCAAACCUGGCACCGAACAGGACCUGCCUUUCUGUAAAGGAGAUGUACUGACCAUCAUCGGAGUGACCAGGGAUCCAAACUGGUACAAAGCGAGAAACACUGUGGGCAGAGAAGGCACCAUUCCGGCCAACUAUGUCCAGAAAAGGGAAGGAGUGAAAUCAGGGGGGAAGCUCAGCCUUAUGCCAUGGUUUCACGGGAAAAUCACUCGCGAACAGGCGGAGCGGCUCCUGUACCCGCCAGAAACGGGUCUAUUCCUGGUGAGAGAGAGCACCAACUACCCUGGCGAUUACACCCUGUGCGUCAGCUGUGACGGCAAGGUGGAGCACUACCGCAUCAUCUACCAUAACGGCAAACUCACCAUUGACGAGGAGGAGUACUUUGAGAAUCUCAUGCAGUUGGUUGAGCACUACACCAAAGACGCUGAUGGGCUUUGCACCAGACUGAUUAAACCCAAGCUGAUGGAGGGCACGGUGGCAGCGCAGGACGAGUUCUCCAGGAGUGGCUGGGCCUUGAACAGAAAGGAACUGAAACUGCUUCAGACAAUUGGAAAAGGGGAGUUUGGAGAUGUGAUGGUAGGAGACUACAGAGGGACCAAGGUGGCUGUCAAGUGUAUCAAAAAUGAUGCCACAGCGCAGGCUUUCAUCGCCGAGGCCUCCGUCAUGACGCAACUGAGGCACAACAACCUGGUGCAGCUGCUCGGUGUUAUUGUGGAGGAGAGGGGCAGUCUCUACAUUGUCACAGAAUACAUGGCCAAGGGCAGCCUAGUGGACUACCUGCGCUCUAGGGGACGGACUGUUCUUGGUGGCGACUGCUUGCUGAAGUUCUCCCUUGAUGUGUGUGAAGCCAUGGAGUACCUGGAGGCCAACAACUUCGUCCACAGAGACCUGGCAGCUCGGAACGUGCUCGUGUCUGACGACAACAUCGCCAAGGUCAGCGACUUUGGCCUCACCAAGGAGGCCUCCUCCAUACAGGACACUGCCAAGCUGCCCGUCAAGUGGACCGCACCUGAAGCACUAAGAGAGAAGAGGUUUUCCACCAAGUCGGACGUCUGGAGUUAUGGAAUCCUUCUUUGGGAGAUUUACUCCUUCGGCCGCGUGCCUUACCCUAGAAUUCCGCUAAAGGACGUGGUGCCCCGGGUAGAGAAGGGGUACAAGAUGGAUGCCCCAGACGGCUGCCCGCCCGUGGUGUACGACCUGAUGAAGCAAUGUUGGACCGUGGACCCCACCAUGCGGCCCUCCUUUCGCAUGCUGAGGGAGAAACUGCAGCAUAUCAGAGUCAAGGAGCUCUACCUGUAAAAUGAAGCCGUGGAGGUGGGGACAAAGGAGGGGGGAGGUCAUUAAACCUUGUUUAUUACCAUCACUUCACCUCCAUCAUUUCUACGGAUAGUUUUUUUUUCUCCCCUAAGAAGAGCACAUGAACAGGAAGAGGUGGUGUUUAGUGGGGGCAGUGUCAUCUUCAUCCUGCUGCCAAGAUAGCCCUGAGUCGUGGGGGCAGGAUGAUAAUGGGAGAAGACUGGGGCAGGAGAGGCACUUCACACACAUGGUUGAUUCAUCAUACGUGGGCUUGUUUUUAUAUCAAAAUAUAUUUAAAGGUCGAAAAGAACAAGGAGAAAACUGACUGGGAUGGAACAGAGAAAGAGGACUCUGAGAAGCAGUGAGUGACUUGGCACUCCGGAUGAUGGACAUCCCUGAACUCUGGGGUCGGGGUGGUGCAUGCUGUGUGUGAGAGGCCAUGGUUUCAACUGUCGGUGCUUUCAAUGUUCAUUGUUUUAUUAUGCUGUCAUGAUUAUGAAUAAAUCAUUCCAACCGAA